AUGGCUCGUUUGUGGUCGUGGUUAUUAUUCACCUUGUCGUUUGGAUUUUGUUUGCACUCAACUCAUCCUGUAUCAAUGAUCAAAUUUACGAAUAUUAAGUGCGUAGCGCUGGAUAAACCAUUUUCUGAUUUCGCCUAUUGUAAGCUCAAAGCGUUGUCUCGCAAUGAAGUCGCUCUUUCGUUGCGCGUCAACCUCUUCGAAUUGCCAGUGAAUAACGUUAGCUUAAAUGUGGAAUUAUUCAAAAGAUAUAAUGGUUAUCGACCUUUCCUGAUCAACAUAACAGUAGAUUUUUGUGAAUUUCUUCGGCAUAAAAAGCGUGUCGGUGCUUUGCAUAUAAUUUACAACUUUUUAGAAAGAUAUUCAAAUAUCAACCACACCUGUCCUUAUAAGAGUGAUAUUAUCGUGGAUCGACUUAUUCUCAAACCAAACUAUUUUACUUUGUUGCCACUGCCAGCGGGGGAAUAUCUGGUUAAGAUAACUGUCGGUGCUUACAAUGAUUGGAAAUCAAUUGUCAAUGUAUUUUUUCAAGUUUGGGAAUAA